AGCGCCAAAUAUCGAGGGCCAUCACGGUCUUUUCGUCAUAAGUUUAUGUUACCUUCUCUACUUCACUUCUCCAAUAGAAAAAGAAAAAACCCUAGCGGCUACACUCUUCCCUCACUUUCUAAACUAACAGAAGAAAACAAUCACGGAAAUGGAGUUUUCUCAAGCCGACUUCGAUCGCCUUUUAGUCGCCGAACACACCCGUAAAACCUCUGAAGUCAACUACGCCAAGGACCCGCUUGAUGCUGAGAAUUUAACCAAAUGGGGAGGGGCUUUACUCGAAUUAGCUCAAUUUCAGACUGUUUCAGAUGCAAAGCAGAUGAUAAAUGAUGCAAUUUCGAAAUUGGAUGAGGCGUUGAUGAUAAAUCCAUCCAAGCACGAAACUUUGUGGUGCAUGGGAAACGCUCUUUCCACUACUGCAUUUAUGACUACCGAUUCUGACGAGGCAAAAGUUUCUUUUGAUAAGGCAGCUCAGUUUUUCCAAAGAGCUGUUGAUGCGGAUCCAGGCAAUGAGCUUUAUCAAAAGUCUUUGGAAGUUGCAGCUAAGGCUCCAGAGCUACAUAUGGACUUCCAAAAGGCUGCAGCUAGCCAACAGGGUAUGGGUGGGGCAUCUUCUGCUUCUUCAACUUCAACUGCUGCCAAGAAGAAGAAGAGCAGUGAUUUAAAGUACGACAUAUUUGGAUGGAUAAUUCUUGCUGUUGGAAUCUUUGCAUGGGUGGGAAUGGCGAAAUCCCAUCUUCCUCCACCUCCUCCACGAUAAAGCGGUUUGCUUCAAUAAUCCUUGAGGGAACCAUUCUGGUUACGUUGCGUUGGGAGGUUUGAAGAUUCAGCUGGUGAGAUGUAGCAAAUUGGAGCAGGUGGAUUGUUACCACAUUUUGGUAGUGUUUUCCCUUCCCUUGCUAUUAUUACAAUCUGAUUAGGGUGGAUAUCUCGGAUAUUGGUAAUGGAUUUAGUCAUUUAAUAGAUACAAUAAGAAGCAUUUUGUCUUUCAAUUUUUGCCAUUUCCUUGUUAAUCUGUAUCUGUAGGCGGUUUAGCAUACGUUCAGUAUGCUCGAUAUUGCAAAAAGUAGUAUCUUUUUGUAUAAAUAUAAUGUUUCAAAUAAA